AGUACAUACUGCACUGUUUGUCACAAUGGAUUGCAAUCAGCAACGACAGCAGAUUUGGACCGUGUUCCUAGCUAUUUAGAUCUUCACGGGAAAGUGAAAUUAUGGACAUCAUGAGUGUAAGGUUCGUGUCUUGAAUCUUAUAUUAUGGUGCAGAUUCGAAGACACUGAUGUGAAAGGCAUCAGCACUGUGCAUUUGGCAUUCAACGUUAACGACAGCAGCAAAGUCAACAUCUUGCUUUCUAGCCAAGCCAUGGCUUUGCCAAAUCAGUUGGCGGUUGAAGAGGGCCGCAGUACAGGCAGUGCAUUGUCUGAUAAUGCAGAGGUAGACAAUUCCUGCAACAGACAAGAUGUUGGUCUCUCUGCGGAUCUGCAAAAUGGUCUUGAUAGAAUGGAGGAACAAGAAUACCCCAUGCAGAAAAUGACUACCAGUCACAUCACCCUGGAUGGAUCAGGUGUUCUGACCCCAACUGCAAGCCCUUUGCUUUCAACACUGACUACAAGUGCAUUAAAAAGUGACUACACAUCUGGGGAAACACAGUCAACAGACAAGGCUACCACUAGCGGUACUCCUUCAGUCAGUGGUCAUUGCGACCCCUCGACCCCGACCAUGAGUCUGUCGGAGAAACCCCUUGCUAGCACAAGUGAUCAGAGGGCUGAUUGUGUGGACCAAGAUGCACCGUCCACCAGCAGAAAGGACAAGGAUGUCUUCACCGUUGACACCAGCCUUAUCCCCACUGUGCCGGACCGGCUGCAGGCCACCGAGUUGCAGGGCCUGGAGGGGGUCAGUGUGUUCAACCAAGAGGAGUUUGAGCGGGGGGUCAUGCAGCAGGUGGACCAGGCCAUCUCACUCAGACAGCAGGCUGCUGACCGGGAGAGGGCUGAGAAAGAUCUGGACAGGGUGCUGACCGACAUACGCUCUUGCAAGAAGGAACUGAGCCACAUAGAUAGGAUGGUAUCCAUUGCAAAUGCCAAGGCGUCUAUAUCUCCGCUAACAUUUGCUCAGAAGGAAGUCCAGAGGAACCUCAUAUCCAUGCGCUCAAAGAGAGAAAAUAAGGCAAAGCAGCUCAAGACUCUGCGCGCUCGCCAGCGCUCACUGCUUGCCAAGCUGAGUGGUUCGGAUAUCGGUCUUCAGAUGUCAGAUGAUGAAGCAGAUAAUGAAGACAGGAAUGUGCAGACUUACCAGCAUUUCCUAUGCAGCAGCCCUUCUUCUGAUGGUGUGCCGAGUAAACCAGCAGAGGAGACAGAACAAGAACGCCUCAUCCGACUCGGGGAGAUGACUCCCUUCGGCUCCACGGUCCAGUCAAAAGCCUCCACCAGCAAGACGUCUGCUCCCAAGCCCAUGACCGACUUUGAGAAGUUCAUGGCACAGAAGACGGAGGAUGACAUGACGCGGCGAAGGAAGGUCCUGGUGCGCAAGAAGACACCUGUCAAAGUUAAGGUGGAGUCUGCCAAGCCAAGGACCCCAGAGCAGAAGGCUCAAGGAGAGACACUAAGCAGGAAGAUUCCAUCAUCUAAGUCAAAAGCAUGGAGCAAAUUUGAAAAGAAGUGCAUUGAAUCUUCAGGAAAGCGAAAAUCUGAAAGCUCAAAGAAGGAAACAGUAAGGAAAGCCAGCCAGAGUAAGGAGGAGUCUGUCAGUGACUCGUCGGAGGAUGAAACUUACUUUGUUUACAAGCCGGUCAGGAGUGAGUCAUCCAGCCAGCCAAAGGCUCGUGUGAGAAGCAGAAAAGCUAACAGAGACCUGAGACCUCAUUGGGGGAGUGAUGAAGACUUGAGUGACUACUAUGACGAGAACGACGCGGACAGCGCGGGAAGUGACGAGGAGUACACGCCAGGGUUUGACGACUUGUCACAGCCGUCAGACGAGGAUGAUGUACAUAGCUCUCCCCUCAAGAAAAGGACCAAGCGGCGUGGCCGGAAGGCCAAAGUCACCACUGAGGACUUUGAAGAUGGAACAAUUGCCUGUCUGGAUGAUCUUAAGAGAGCCUACGGUGUCAAUGUCAAACGUUCUGGUGGCCAACGCAAGUCAAAAUGCAAAGAUGACGCCACACAGGACAUGUACUACCGCAGACUGAAGGAACAUCGCAGGUCAGAGUUACGUAAGAAGCAGCAUCGUAUUGAGCAAGGUGACAUUGACAGCGACUCGGAACCCGAAGACAUGCAGUUUGACGGUGGACUGACCAUACCUGGCAAGAUCUGGUCCAAACUCUACAAGUACCAGAAAGUUGGAGUCAAGUGGUUAUGGGAGCUACAUCAGCAGCAAGCUGGUGGCAUUGUGGGAGAUGAGAUGGGCCUUGGCAAGACCAUUCAAAUGAUUGCCUUCUUUGCCGGACUGAAAGCCAGUAAAUUGCGUAACCCUGGAUCAAGGUAUAUUGGUCUUGGCCCAGUAUUGAUUGUCUGCCCAGCCACCGUGAUGCACCAGUGGGUCAAAGAAUACCACAAAUGGCUGCCCGAGAUGAGGGUAGCAAUCCUGCAUGACUCUGGGUCACAUACAGGGACCAAGAGAGCCUUGAUACAUGAUAUAGCCCUUAGUCAUGGAACCUUAGUAACCUCGUACUCUGGGGUGCGCCUGCGAGAGGAACUGUUACUCAAGCAUGAUUGGCAUUACAUCGUGCUGGACGAGGGACACAAGAUACGCAACCCCGAUGCUGCCGUCACUCGAACAUGCAAACAGUUCCGCACGUGCCAUCGGAUCAUCCUGUCUGGUUCCCCGAUGCAGAACAAUCUCCGUGAGCUCUGGUCUCUCAUUGACUUUGUCUUUCCCGGCAAGCUGGGUACCCUGCCGGUAUUCAUGGAGAAGUUCUCAGUGCCAAUCACAAUUGGGGGCUACUCAAAUGCCACGCAGAUACAGGUGCAGACUGCUUACAAGUGUGCCACCGUACUUCGGGACACUAUCAACCCUUACCUCCUCAGACGACUCAAGGCAGAUGUCAAACAGAAUCUCCAGCUACCAGAUAAGAACGAGCAGGUCUUGUUCUGCCGCCUGACGGAGGACCAGAUCCAACUGUACAAGGAAUAUCUGAACUCCAAGGAAUGUCAGCUCAUACUGAACAGGGAGUAUCAGGUAUUUGCCGGUCUCAUAACUCUGCGGAAGAUCUGCAAUCACCCAGACCUGGUCAGUGGGGGCCCCAAGAUCAUCAAGGGUGACAAGAGUGCUGAGGCCAUUGAGGCUGCUAAUGAUCCCGCAAUGCAAUACGGCUACUGGCAACGAUCAGGGAAGAUGAUCGUGGUCAACUCUCUACUAAAGCUGUGGCAUAACCAGGGCCAUAGGGUCCUGCUGUUCUCGCAAAGCAAGCAGAUGCUGGACAUUAUUGAGGACUGUGUGAAGCACACUUACUCCUACAUGCGCAUGGAUGGCUCUACCUCCAUUUCAACGCGCCAACCUCUCAUACAGCAGUUCAAUAGUGACCCAUCCAUCUUUGUGUUCCUGUUGACCACUCGCGUGGGCGGCCUGGGGGUCAAUCUGACCGGGGCUAAUCGAGUGGUCAUCUUUGACCCCGACUGGAACCCGAGCACUGACACCCAGGCCAGAGAACGGGCGUGGCGCAUCGGCCAGAGCCGUCAGGUCACAAUCUACCGGCUGAUCACCACCGGCACCAUAGAGGAGAAGAUAUACCACAGGCAAAUUUUCAAGCAGUUCUUGACCAAUCGUGUCCUCAAAGAUCCCCGCCAGCGGCGGUUCUUCAAAUCCAACGACCUCUUCGAGCUCUUCACUCUGGGUUCGGACAGCAGCAAGCACGGCACAGAGACCAGCGCCAUCUUUGCCGGUGUUGGGUCAGACGUGAAGGUCAGGACAUCCCACUCCAGCCCGCUUAGGAGAAAGUCCAUUGAAAAGACCAGUGAUGGGAGGACAAAAGAGGACGUAAUUAGAAAGAGAACUUCAAUCCUGAGAAUUGAAGAUGGGGAGAAGGCACUGGAAGAUUCAAUGGAGGAUGUACCUGGAUGCAGUCAGUCUCUGUUGAAUAGAACCCUAGCUGACCCAGGGCCCAGCAAGGGAAAUGGUGAUAGAGAGCCCCCAGGGAUCUCCGAGGAAAGACGGUCCAAUUUGAAAAAGUCUCCACUACUCAAGGCCUCUUCUUCACCAUCAUCACCUAGGAAAAAUGGCAUUCUCCAAGCAGAGAGGAAGAAAAAGAAAAAGAAAGAUGCACGACUUGAUGGUCAUCGCAUAGCACACUUGGCCAAACAUGCAGUGUACUGUCCUAGGUCAGAGAAAGAGGAGAAGCCAGCUCUGAGUGAUGCUCAGCAAGAUGACUACGUUCUCACCAAACUCCUCAAGAAAUCAGUGCACAGUGCCCUCCAGCAUGACAACAUCAUGCAGUCCGGCCAUCCGGACUACCUCUUGGUGGAGGGGGAGGCAGACCGGGUGGCCAGGGAUGCUGUGCAGGCCCUGCGGGAAUCUCGACGGCACUGCCACCGGGCAUCAUCUGGGGUGCCUACCUGGACUGGGUCAGGAAACCAGGGAAGCAGCACACCACCGCCUAAAAAACCAAGAUUUGGACAGAAAUCCAAUAGCAAUGUUGCUUGUCUUCUCAGCAGCAGCAAGGUACAAAGAGACAAAGACAAACAGCAGGGACAAGCACCUGCUACUCCCAACCCCAAAGCUGGACACUUUUCAGGGACAGAGCUGAUUAAGACGGCAGCAUCCAAGGCCAGCACCAAGGCGGCUGCCCUGCCACCUUCCGAAUCUCUAUUGGCCCAGAUGAGGAGGCGUAACUCUGCCACUGCCUCUGGCCCAGUUAGCCAGGAUUCGGUGGGGUCGAGCACGGUGGCAGUGGACCAGCCCCGGCAGGACCUGCUGGCAGACAUCAGGGACUUUGUGGCCUUCCAGGCCGAGACCAGCAGCCAAGCCAGCACGGCCGAGAUCCUGCAGAAGUUCAAGGCAAAGCUGCCAGCCAACGACUCGGCUCUGUUCAAGUCCAUGCUGAAAGAGAUCUGUACCUUCCAGCGGAUGAAUGGCGAGGGAAUCUGGAAACUCAAAGAGGACUUCCGCUGAAAUAAAUGAGAAGCCAAAUGAGGUCAGUUUGCUUUGACAACACCAUCAAACGCUUUGACAACACCAUUAAAUACUUUGACAACAUCAUCAAAUAACUUUUGCAACACCAUCAAAUACUUUGGCAACACCAUCACAUGCUUUGGCAACACCACCAAACACUUUGAAACACCAAAUAAUUUGACAACAUCAGCAAAUGUUUUUGACGUCAUCAGGUAUUUUAACAACACUAUCAAAUCUUUUGACAACACCGGCAACACUUUGGCAAACCACCAAAUAUUUUGCAAGUGACAGCAAUACUCCUGUUACAUGUAUUUUAACAUACUUAAACACCAUUGAUUUCAUGACUGCACAUAAUUGUACUUGUGCAUUACAUAAGAUAUGUAUGUACUCUAUUAUCAGGGAAAAUACCAUUUUCUACUUUUCUGUGUCUAAAAGAAUUCACCCAACAUCACACCAGGUCUAAAAGUGUUGUAAUAAUGUCCUCCACGGAUCCCUCGAAGUCAGACACAAGUCCAGUUUUAAGCCAAGUCAGAAGAUAUACACAUCUCGCGAAAGGACUUGUGACUAGGCUUGUGAAGGGACAUCCGACGGGAUUUGUGACGGACUGGAUUACAACACUGAAGUCUAAAAGUAGUACUACAAGGUGCCGAAAGUCAAAGAUCAGCUACUGUUUGGGAAAUACAUACAGUUAUCUCAACUGUUUCUUUAAAUAUCAUGCUAAGUGUAACUCUUGUAUUCAACAUGUCUGUCCAGAAAUUACACUUUAAAUUUUAAAUUACAGUACGAAAUAAGUACGAAAUUGGACUUUUGAAGAAUCUCUCACAUUGGAAGGACACAAAGGUGUCAAUAAAAAGUGGCCCUAGCAGUCACAGUGACCCAGAACCAAUCUCAUGAGGUUGCCACGCAAAAAUUACUCUUCAACCAAUUCAUGUGCUAAGCAUAAAUUGGCUGAGGACCAGCCACAAGCAGCAUACAGUGCAUGUCGUUUAAGCUGGUAGCCUACGUUUGCUGUGGAAUCGCCAUGACAUUGGCUUCAUGUCAGAAGUCAGCCAAGGAGAUCAGCCAGAAACCUGCAUCACAACGGUAAACAGUAUCUCAGGAAAGGGACAAGGCCUAUCUAAUUUUGUAAAACUUUGUUCUUGAAUGGGGGGGGGCACUUGUUUUUCUUAAUUUUUUUCAUGUAAGGCGCUUGCAACUGGAAAUGUGGACUUUCCAUAAAUUUGUUUAUUUGUUGGUUUUUAGUUGUAUGUCAAUUCUCAAUUACGGUUGCUAUUUUUUUCUCAUAUUUAUCAUAGGGCCUGUAAAAAAAUGUUUAAGUUCGGAAAAAGCACUGGAUAGAAAAAAAAUUUGCAGCAAAUACAAGACUUUUAAAGAAGAGGAAGUGAACAUUUUGUAGUUUGAAUGACACCUAGAACAUGUAUCUAGACAUCGAGUGAAAGUUGUAGUCCUUAUAAUGCAAUUUUCCUCCCAGUAAACCCAUUUUCUCACCGGGAUGGUUCUGAAUGCAAACAAUGACCCUCUUUGAACUACACAGUUAGCCAUUGUUAGUCUCCAGAACCAUCCCAUGCUGGGAAGUGGUUAUGGAUGUGAUGGAGUGCAUUGUAUGCCCCACUCUCACCGGUAGCAUAGGGCAAAAUGUAUGUGUACUCCAAAUCUUUUGUACAAAGGAGUUUAAAAAAUUGUCAUGCGGGUUAUACGUCACUGCAUUGUGCUCUUCCAACACCUUUUUAAUGUCACUGGGAAUUGCAUGUAUCUUAAAGCACGGAUUUCAACUUCUCUCUGUUCAUUUUAAGUUUGGUGUAAAGAUGCUUUAAACUCGUGCUUAAAAUGUACAUGUGGGUGUGUAUGUGGACCAUGUAAAAGAUGAUUAAUUUCAUGGCUAGAUGAUUUCACUGAAAAAAAAAGAGGGACUAGAUUGAUUCCACUUGCGAUUUUUAUAAUGAUCCUUUAAACUGCAGACGGUGUUGAGCAGAAAAAUGGCUGGAGAAUAGUUUGAUCAGCAAACGUUGUCUGAGAAGUUUCUGACAACAAGACUAACAUACAAAUAUAGUAUGGUUUGAGAGUGGAUAGUUGAUGUUAGCUCCCCAAGAUUAUUGGAAGUAGUUUGUCAAUUUCCAAUACCGAGGGAAGCUAACAUCAACUAUUCACCCGGAGUGAAAACCAUGUUUAUAAAUUUGUUUUACCUUGCCUCAUACAUGAUGCAGUUGCCAUCAUCAUCUCAGGCAUCAUUUAAAGCACUGAUCGACAUGUACAUGUGCGGCCAUCUGUUAAGCCAGGAUGGCGCCUGUGCCUGCGCAGGUCAUGUAGCUUCAAAAGCACAUGCAUAGUAAACUAUUUCCAGGUUGAGCCAGGGAAGAAGUUGAAUAACAGUGAGUGUUCACAAUCAGGUUAUUAAGUAAACACAUUAUUGCAAUGUAUAAGUUGUUUACUUUAAUCAUGUAAAAAUUGAAUUUUGCAUAUUGAGAGAGGAAAAAAUAAAGCCCCAAACGAAACCAAUACA